CAUUCGGUAAAGAAAAAGACAAGGAGAAGAAGUUAGACGAUGACAGCACCAGUACCACAGUCCCUCAGUCAGCUUUCUUGGGCCCAACAUUAUGGGACAAGACACUGCCGUACGAUGGAGACACUUUCCAGUUGGAAUACAUGGACCUGGAAGAAUUCCUCUCAGAAAAUGGCAUUCCACCCAGCCCAAACCAGCACGAGCAUAGCCCGCACCAGUCAGGUCUCCAGCAAGCUACCUCAGCAUCACCUUCUGUCAUGGACCUCAGCAGCAGGGCUUCUACUUCAGUCCAUCCAGGCAUGGUGUCGCAGAACUGCAUGCAGAGCCCGGUCAGACCAGGUCAGAUCUUGCCAGCAAACCGAAACACACCAAGUCCCAUUGAUCCUGAGACUAUCCAAGUUCCUGUUGGCUAUGAACCUGACCCUGCAGAUCUUGCUCUUUCCAGUAUUCCUGGCCAGGAGAUGUUUGACCCUCGUAAGCGCAAAUUCUCUGAAGAAGAGCUGAAACCACAGCCGAUGAUUAAGAAAGCUCGCAAAGUCUUCAUUCCAGAUGACCUGAAG